GUAUUGUUCAGCUGGAUUUCGGAAGGAAAGCGUGUCUCUCUCCCCCUAAGUCCCCCAGGCUCAGUGUUAAAUGUGCACACGUGCGAGCUUGUCGAUAUCAUCGCCAAUGGCUUUUGUUGCCUUGCGCUAACGGGACUUUGCACCGAGGUGCUCCCGAGCGCGGCGGGAGCAGCGGUUGCUCCGCCGGAGCCCGCGGGCUGUUGUGCGGGAGGGCGCGGUACCGCUCGGUGUUCUGCUCGGAGCGGCGGCGAGGUGACUUGCAGAGGGGAUGGAAAAGAGGGUGGCUGUGCCGUGGCGGGGGUAGGACCUGCCUUUAAAAGGGAAACAAGGGGGGGAAAAAAGAGGAAGGAAAGAGGAGUGAAGCCCGGCCAGCCGCGCUCAGCCUCGGGGGCCGGAGCAGGCGGGCGGAGCGCGGGGCCGGGCGGCGGCGGCGCGGCGGCUGCGGUGGGGCAGCAGCGGCGGCGGCGAGGAGGAGCGGUGCCUGUUUGAGGGAGUUGUUUGGGAGUUGCACAGCCAGUCCGACGGGUUGCGCCGGAGCCCCGGCUUGUCUGGGCCGGGAGAAGCGCUCGCUUUGCCUCUUUUCCCGGCUCCCUCUCCCGCUGGCGUCCCUCCCUCCCUCCUUCCCUUCCCUCACCGCCUGCUGCCUUUUCCCCCCGUCUUUUCCCGGAUCCUCCGAGAGGGGGGCCGCGGGGAGCCCGGCGGAUGCUCCUUGGGCUCCCCAGCCCCCCCGCCCUGGGCGCCCGCCGACCUCGGCGCUGGGCUCGAAUCGGAGGAAGAAGAGGAGGAGGAGGAGGGCUGACACCCAGAAGGGGAGACACCCAAAAAAGCUUUCCCAGCCGGUUUCCGGGACGCGGGGCACGGAGGCGAGCCGGCUCGGCGGCGCGGGGCGGCCGCCGCGGGGGCAGCGGCGCGGGGAGCCCCUCGGCGGGGCGCCGUCAAGGCAUGGACGGGGCGGCGGCGGCGGCGGGGGGCGGCCCCGUGGAGCCCACUCCGCGCAAAGGCGGUGGCGCGGCCGAAAGCGGCAAGAGCCAAGCGGGGAGCCAGCAGCCGCUCUUCUCCCUGGGCUUUGAGGCCGGCUACGCGCAGCAGCCGCAGCCCGAGGAGCGCCACGACAGUACCAGCAACGGGACAGCCCGGCUACCCCAGUUGGGGACCGUGGGUCAGUCUCCAUACACCAGCGCCCCUCCGCUCUCCCACACCCCCAACGCCGACUUCCAGCCCCCCUACUUCCCUCCGCCUUACCAGCCCAUCUACCCCCAGUCUCAGGACCCCUACUCCCACGUGAACGACCCCUACAGCCUCAACCCGCUCCAUGCCCAGCCGCAGCCCCAGCACCCGGGAUGGCCGGGACAGAGGCAGAGCCAGGAGACGGGGCUGCUUCACACGCACCGGGGAUUGCCCCACCAGCUCUCGGGGCUGGACCCACGCAGGGACUACCGGCGGCACGACGACCUGCUGCAUGCCCCGCACGGGCUGGGCUCCGGACUGGCCGACCUGCCCCUCCACUCCAUCCCCCACGCCAUCGAGGAUGUGCCGCAUGUAGAAGACCCCGGUAUUAACAUCCCAGAUCAAACUGUAAUUAAGAAAGGCCCCGUGUCCCUCUCCAAGUCUAACAACAACGCCGUCUCCUCCAUCCCCAUCAACAAGGACACGCUCUUCGGCGGGGUGGUGAACCCCAACGAGGUCUUCUGCUCGGUGCCGGGCCGCCUCUCGCUGCUCAGCUCCACCUCCAAGUACAAGGUCACGGUGGCGGAAGUACAGAGACGCCUCUCGCCGCCCGAGUGCCUCAACGCCUCCCUGCUGGGCGGAGUGCUACGGAGGGCAAAGUCUAAAAACGGAGGGAGAUCUCUGCGGGAGAAACUGGACAAAAUAGGAUUAAACCUGCCAGCCGGGAGACGUAAAGCUGCUAACGUUACCUUGCUCACGUCACUUGUGGAGGGAGAAGCAGUACAUCUAGCUAGAGACUUUGGGUACGUUUGUGAGACAGAAUUUCCUGCCAAAGCAGUAGCUGAAUUUCUCAACCGACAACAUUCCGAUCCAAACGAGCAAGUCACAAGAAAAAACAUGCUUCUAGCUACAAAACAGAUCUGUAAAGAGUUCACCGACCUGCUGGCUCAGGACCGAUCUCCCCUGGGGAACUCGCGGCCCAACCCCAUUUUGGAGCCGGGCAUCCAGAGCUGUCUGACCCACUUCAACCUCAUCUCGCAUGGCUUCGGGAGCCCGGCAGUGUGUGCUGCUGUCACUGCCCUGCAGAACUAUCUCACCGAGGCACUCAAGGCCAUGGACAAAAUGUACCUCAGCAACAAUCCCAACAGCCACACAGACAACAGCACCAAAAGCAGCGACAAAGAGGAGAAGCACCGAAAGUGAGGAUCCCCCCCACUCCUCUCCCUUCCCCCUCAUAGCCCAUCGAUCCAUUCAUUUCCCUCCUCCUUCUCCCCUGCACCCAGCACCCCAGGCUACAGCAACAGAAUGAGCGUCCUUCUGCCAAUCCUGUUCUCUGACUCUGCAGGACUGCUCUGCCCUCUCCCCACACCCCUUCCCAGCAUCCACAUUUCCAUUUGCUCCCUUUUAACUUCCCCCUCCUCUCUCUGCUGCCACCACCGUUUUAACCCCAGUUUGGAGCCUAAGAGAACAGAACAGGGGGACAGAGCCAGCAAAGAAAAAAAGUUCUGUCUUGAGUUUGUGAACUUUUCUUUUUUAAUAAAACAAAAGGAGGAAAAAAUCACAAAAACAAAAAAGAAAAGGACUUUUUUUUUCUAAAAAAUAUAUUAAAAAUUAAAAAAAAUAACAAAAAGAAAUAAACAAUACUUUAAAAAUUCUAUGAGCUUCACCGGACUGAAUCACCACCUUCCCUUACAUAAACUUCAGUUAAGAUUGUAGCCAUAUUAAAAAAUGAAAGACAUAAAAAAAGAGGCGAAAAAAGUACAACAGCAGCAGCAAAGGAAAGGCAAAAAGGACUGAUGACAUUUUAUCAGUAUUGUGAAUAAACUUGAACACAAAACACAA